AUGGAAGCUGAGUUAUCGACGUAUAAAGAUCAAUUAGCAUAUGUCAAUCUACAAUUGGAGACUGAUCCUAAUAAUGAAGGGUUGACAACACUCAAAACGGAGUUGGUUGAAUUGAUAGAUUUGACUCAACAAGCUAUGGGUAUGAGUAAUCCUACCACAUCAUCCUCGAAUAACGUACAAACAAGUGGUAGUAAACCUUCCUCGACAUCGACAUCGACAGCGACAACAUCUACAGCGAAAGGGAAAGGUAAAGAUGAUAGUCAAUAUAAAGCAGGAAUGGAUUGUAUGGCCAAAUACAAAGAUGGAAAAUGGUAUCCAGCAAAGAUCAACGCAGUGAUCGGAUCAUCUGAACAACAUUUAUAUACAAUAACAUUUAAAGGAUAUACGACAUCUACAAAUGUCCCUCUAUCAUCCUUGAGACCCCACGAUCCGAGCGCGCCCAUACCAACUCCAGUCCCAGCGAGCGAUAAAAGGAAACAGGAAGAUCUGACAGAAAGGGAAAAAGAGAAAAAGAAGAAGAAGGGCGAAAAAUGGGUCGAAAACCAAAAACAAAAAGCUGAUGAAAUCAAAGAUAAAAAAAACGCUUGGGAAAAAUUCGGUAAAAAAGCUCACAAGAAAGGUAUACAUAUAUCAGGGCUCGAAGGAAAAUCAGUAUUCAGAACACCCGAUAAUCCAUUUGGUCGAGUUGGAGUCACAGGAUCAGGCCGAGGAGUAACGGAAUACGAGAGAAUGGGAAAACACAAGUUUGAUGCGGAUAAGGAAGACUAG